AUGAAUUUGGGGGAUUUGAACAAGGUGUGGGAAAUAAAGGCGUUGAAGAAGAAGCCGAGGGAAGAUGAAGCCAGGAAGAUUCUGGAGAAAGUAGCAAAGCAGGUUCAGCCAAUUAUGAAUAGAAGGAAAUGGCGGGUCAAGCUUCUCUCUGAGUUCUGGGGCGUGCAAGUGAAAUUGAGGCUUCGUAGGGCAAACCACGAUGGAGACUUCUUAUCCUACCAUGAAGUCCUUGACACGAUGCUCCACGAGCUCUGCCACAACGCCCAUGGUCCUCACAACGCUAGUUUCUAUAAGCUUUGGGAUGAGCUUCGAAAGGAAUGCGAGGAAUUGAUGACAAAGGGUAUAACAGGGACAGGGCAAGGAUUUGAUGUUCCUGGGAAGCGAUUGGGUGGAUUUUCUCGGCAGCCUCCUCUCUCAUCUCUCCGAGCAAUCGCAGCUACAGCAGCAGACAAAAGAGUGCGUGCAGGCAAUCUGUUACCCUCGGGACCUCACCGUCUUGGCGGUGAUAACAGCAUUAUGUCAGAUCUUAGUCCGAUACAGGCUGCUGCAAUGGCUGCGGAAAGGCGUUUACUUGAUGAUAUCUGGUGUGGUUCUCAGUCCACAGAGGCUUUAGAAGAAGAGCAAGAGAAUGAUAGUGAGACAUGUAAGGAACCAGUUUCUGUAAGGUCAGGAAAAAGAAGAAGUAGUAGCUGCUGCUCAAAUGCCGAUUCAUGCCCUCCUUCUUCCAGUCAUCAAUGGGGAUCACAUGUCAUUGAUUUAACAGAGGAAGCUUCUGAAAAUACAUGUGUCAAAAGAAGUUGUAUCCCAGGCGACAAGGGUGGUCCUUCUUGUUCCAAAGUGUCGUCAGACACUUUCCUUUUGGCAAGUUGCAAUGCAAACAAACGCAGACAAGAAGAACCUGCAAUGUGGGAGUGUGGAGAAUGCACCUUAUUGAACCCGUCGUUAGCUCCGAUAUGCGAGCUAUGCACUGCAGCAAAACCAAAGGAAAGGGAGAUCAAGUACAAAGUAUGGUCCUGCAAGUUCUGCACGCUUGAAAACGAGGUCAAUAUGGACAAAUGCGAGGCUUGUGCUCAGUGGAGAUACUCGUAUGGACCGCCAUUGUCUACUCGUGCUCCUAAUGUCGGCACUUGA